CUUGAGAAAAAUGUUGACUUCUGGUAUGUCUCAAAAUAGAAAAUGUGUUUUGAAUUUGCCAAUAAUACCGAACACUUACUUAUUCUUGUGCUUUUCUUUCCUGCUUCUUAUCGUCAAACCCGCCCAAAAAAACACAUUCGCGUUAAUCGUAGAGCAACCAGAUGCUGGUAAGCGAUCGUAAUAAAUUUGGUCAACGCGACGCGAGUGAAUCAACGUGUUUGAUAGUUCAUUUUAGUCUGCGCCGGGCUAUAUUAAUAGUCCUAACCAAUAAUGUCUGUGAAUAGGGCAAAGUUUUCCUACUUUAGAUUCUUUGAAGGGAGUAAUGGAAAACAUAGUCGAUCUUAAAGUAAGCAGUCUUGAUUUUAAAAUGGAACAGCGUUUUGAAUGCAUUAUGCUUUGAAAUCAUCGUUCUAUUCACUAGGUACUUUUGUAACGGGAACUGAAAAAGGUGCAUUUGUGAAGGAAAAAGGAAUACAUACUGAAUUUCCACUUGAUUUACUGCGGGUGGCAAAAGGAGUAGACGCGGAAGGUUUACAAAUCCGCCUAACAAAGACGGAAAUUUUUAUCCAGAUGAAAAUGCAGUUCAACAAUAUUUUAUGAGCGAAUGCAAAGAACUAGAAAAAUUUGCAAAUGUACAAAAUAGGCUUACUGUUGUUGAAUGUUGAUACGCAUUCUUCACCGACAUUAGGGCUUAUUCAUUCCGAUUGGUUCACGUAUAAAUAUGUUAAAUGCUGUUGCCGUUGGUGAAAUAAAGAAGCGAGUCGGUAAUGAUUUUCCCAAUGCAAAUAUUGGACAAGCAAUAUCGUUUGGCUCCAACUUCAGCUACGUCGGAAAUUUGUAUAUGUUGUGUUAA